AUGAGGAAACAAUCCGAUCUUCGACAAUUUAUCUCCAAAAAGAGAAAAUCUCGUGCUUCAAACACUCCAGCUUCAAGCACUCCUGCUUUAAUUGAUAAUGUGUCUCCUUCAAAUACUAGUGUGUCAUCUCGCGAGAAAGAAUUGAUUUAUGAUGUUGAAUACGUUCCUCAAUAUCCUAGGAAAAGAAAAGACAUAAUGGAGUAUCCUCCACAUGAGCGAGAUGCAGUUAGAAGAGCCUAUAUUCUUAGAAAACCUUGUCAACCAAAAAAUCAUAAAUUUCCUCGAAAAGAAAUUGGAGGUUCGCGUCGAUUUAUGACUUCAUGGUAUGAUAAAUGGGAUUGGCUUGAAUAUAGCAUGGAAGAAGAUGCUGCAUUUUGUUUUGUUUGCUACUUGUUCAAGAAUGAAGUUGGACUAAAUGCGGGGGGAGACGCGUUUGUGAAUAAAGGAUUUAAGUCAUGGAAUAAGCCAGAUAGAUUUAUUAAACAUGUUGGUGGGGUCAGAAGUGCUCAUAAUCGUGCUUAUGAGAAAUAUGUGAACCUAAGGGAUGGAAAAAAAUCUAUUCUUGUUUCUUUAGAUAAUGUCAGUGAUGUGAUUAAAAGAGAGUAUGAUAUUCGCUUCAGGGCUUCAAUUUCUUGUUUACGUUAUCUAUUGCGACAAGGCUUGGCAAUUCGUGGGCAUAGAGAAAGUGAAGAAUCCCUUAACAUGGGAAAUUUUCUUGAACUCUUGAAAUGGUUGAGGACACAUAAUGAAACUAUUUCAAAAGUGACUAUGGAAAAUGCACCUGUAAAUUGUCAAUUGAUAUCUCCAAUUAUUCAAAAGGAUAUUAUCAAUUGUUGUGCUAAAUAA